UCGCCACUUGACAGCCGUGUGGAUUGGACGUGCCAGGAGAGAGAGCAGCUAGUGUCUCAUUAAAUUGUUAAUAAUUUUCGCUUUAGGUUUCCCAUUUUAACUGUGACAAAAAAUGCAACGUUUUGUGACCAAACGCAGCUGCAGCCUUGUGCUGAGAUUCCACAAUCGUUGCCUGGCCACCACACCUGUAGAGGAUGUACUCUUUCCCACCAAAUCCGAUUUUCCCAGUCGCCAUAUUGGUCCACGCAAAACGGAUGUGGUUGCCAUGCUGGAUACCCUGGGCUUUAAGUCCCUGGCUGAGCUGACCGAGAAGGCUGUGCCACAGAGCAUCCAACUGAAGCGGGAUCUGAGCCUGGACAAGCCUCUGAAUGAGCAUGAGUUGAUACAACGCAUCCGUGAAAUUUCUCAGAAGAACCAGUUGUGGCGCUCGUACAUUGGCAUGGGAUACCACAACUGCCAUGUGCCCCACACGAUUUUGCGCAAUAUUUUCGAGAAUCCCGGUUGGACGACACAGUAUACGCCGUAUCAGCCCGAGAUUGCACAGGGUCGUCUCGAAUCGCUGCUCAACUAUCAGACACUCGUCUCCGAGCUGACCGGCCUGGAUGUGGCCAAUGCCUCGCUGCUGGACGAGGGCACAGCGGCAGCGGAGGCAAUGUGCCUGGCCACCAGGCACAACAAGCGGCGGAAGCUCUACUUGUCGAACAAGGUGCAUCCGCAGACCUUGUCGGUGGUGCAGACACGUGCCGAGGCCCUGGAACUCGAGAUUGUGGUCGGUCCCAUCGAGAAGGCGGAUCUGCCCAGUCGCGAACUGGCUGGCAUCCUACUCCAAUAUCCCGAUACAUAUGGCGAUGUUAAGGACUUUGAGCACAUUGCAGCACUGGCUCGCAAAAAUGGCACACUGGUGGUGGUGGCAACUGAUUUACUUUCGCUUACCCUGCUGCGGCCGCCUGCUGAGUUUGGGGCAGACAUUGCCAUCGGCACAUCCCAGCGAAUGGGCGUUCCACUGGGCUAUGGUGGGCCCCAUGCCGGCUUCUUUGCCUGCAAACAGAAUCUGGUGCGCCUGAUGCCGGGUCGCAUGAUUGGCGUCACCCGCGACAUGGACGGCAAUGACGCCUAUCGCUUGGCGCUCCAGACACGAGAGCAGCACAUUCGCAGGGACAGGGCAACGAGUAACAUUUGCACCGCUCAGGCGCUGCUGGCCAAUAUGUCGGCCAUGUAUGCCAUUUACCAUGGCCCCGAGGGACUCAAGGCGAUCGCCAAUCGCAUCCAUCACUUUGCCCUGACGCUGCAGACGGGUCUGCUGGAGGCGGGGCACGAGGUGAUCAACAAGAAUUUCUUUGAUACGCUGCAUGUGCGUCUUUCCGCCGAUUUCACGCUGGACGAUCUGAGGGAGCGCACCGAGCACAAGCGCAUCAAUUUGCGUUACUUGAACGAUGGUACUGUGGGCGUGGCACUGGAUGAGACGGUCAGUGUGGCGGAUGUGAAUGAUUUGCUGUGGACCUUCAAGGCGCCAACCAGCGUGGAGGAUCUGUUGGCGCGCAAGGAUGUGCUUAAGAACUCCAUUGAGAACUCCAAGUUCCUUCGCACAUCGCCGUUCCUGCAACAUCCCAUUUUCAACAGCUAUCACAGUGAAUCCCGCAUGGUGCGCUAUAUGAAGAAGCUGGAGAAUAAGGAUAUCUCAUUGGUGCACUCGAUGAUUCCACUCGGCUCCUGCACCAUGAAGCUGAACUCAACGACUGAAAUGAUGCCCUGCUCAUUCCGACACUUCACCGAUAUUCAUCCGUUUGCGCCCGUGGAACAGGCGCAGGGCUUCCAUCAGAUGUUCAACGAACUGGAGAAAGAUCUGUGCGAAAUAACCGGCUACGAUAAGAUAUCAUUUCAGCCCAACUCUGGCGCCCAGGGCGAGUAUGCCGGACUGCGUGCCAUUAGGAGCUAUCAUGAGCAUCGCAACGAGGGUCAUCGCAACAUCUGUCUGAUACCCAUUUCUGCCCAUGGCACCAAUCCAGCAUCGGCUCAGAUGGCUGGCAUGAAGGUGGAGCCCAUUCGCAUUUUGUCCAAUGGGUCCAUUGACAUGGCACAUUUGCACGACAAGACGGAGGAGCAUUCGCGUGAGUUAUCCUGCCUGAUGAUCACAUAUCCCUCCACUAUGGGCGUGUUCGAGGAGACUGUGGCAGACAUUUGCAGCUUGGUGCAUAAGCACGGCGGCCAGGUGUAUCUGGACGGUGCCAAUAUGAACGCCCAGGUGGGUCUGUGCCGGCCCGGCGACUAUGGCAGCGAUGUCUCCCAUCUGAAUCUGCACAAGACAUUCUGCAUUCCACAUGGCGGCGGUGGUCCCGGAAUGGGUCCCAUCGGUGUCAAGGCGCAUCUGGCGCCCUAUUUGCCAGGUCAUCCGGUCAUCAGUCCGCUAAGCAGCGAGGAGCAUAGCUUUGGUGUCGUCUCCGCGGCACCUUUCGGCAGCUCGGCCAUUCUGCCGAUCUCGUGGUCGUACAUCAAACUGAUGGGCAGUCGUGGUUUGAAGAGAGCCACCCAGGUUGCCAUCCUGAAUGCCAACUACAUGUCCAAGCGACUGGAGCAGCACUACAAGACCCUUUACAAGGCGGAGAACUCCCAGUUGGUCGCCCACGAGUUCAUACUCGAUAUUCGGGAUCUGAAGAAGACGGCAAACAUUGAGGCUGUGGAUGUGGCCAAACGUCUGAUGGAUUAUGGCUUCCAUGCACCAACUAUGUCGUGGCCAGUGGCGGGCACAUUGAUGAUUGAACCCACCGAAUCCGAGGACAAAGAGGAACUGGAUCGCUUCUGCGAUGCAAUGAUAUCUAUUCGAGAGGAGAUCGCCGAAAUUGAGGAGGGACGCAUGGACAAAGCGGUCAAUCCGCUCAAAAUGUCGCCUCACACACAGGCCCAGGUCAUUUCGGAGAAGUGGAAUCGUCCCUACACCCGUGAGCAGGCUGCCUUCCCAGCUUUAUUCGUAAAGCCUGAUGCUAAAAUUUGGCCAACUGCUGGCAGAAUCGAUGAUGCCUAUGGCGAUAAGCAUUUGGUGUGCACAUGCCCUCCCAUCUUGCCAGAUUUGUAAUUAAAUGUCAUAGAAAUAUAUUAAAUUAAGAACUCAA